CUGGUCCGUGACGCUGGCCCUUUAAGGGAGCGGUCACUGUUGUACCACGUGACCUGGCUGUCAAAUAUGGCCCCCUCCUACUGGGUGUGAGAGAAGCGACAGCUGACAAAGGAAAGAAAUCUGUCAAAAACGACGGGACCGACUCUUCUCACAACAUACCUUUCUCCAGAUAAAACUGUACUUAUGUGACAUCUCGGGAAGUGAAAAGUGCCUGCCAAAUGAUGACUGGUACCAGAGAGAAGAACUGACAGAAGAAGGCCUUCAUUAUUGCAGACCAUCUGUUCAGGUCAACCCUCCUCCCUCUCUGAGUGUCUCCACCCUGCAGCCAUGCAGAUCAACCCAGUGCUCGUGGAGUCUACUGUAGUUUUGGCGGUGGUACUGUGUGUCCACAUGGCCGUCUGGAACCAGCACUCCUGGUGCAGCAUAGCCCUCGUCAUCCAAGCGUUCUACGUACAGCACAAAUGGGACCGUUUGCUCAGGUCUGGUGGUGCUGUGUUCCAGUUUCGUCCUUCAGCAAAUAGCGGCAUCGUCCCAGCCUCCAUGGUGAUGCCCUUACUGGGUCUAGCACUGAGAGAAAAGUGCUCUGCCUCAGGGAAUGUCUACUUUGAGCGCUUCUCCAUGGUGAUCACCAUCACAGGCAUGAUGCUAGCCCUAUUUCUCUCCUUGAUUGCACUUGGAAUUACAAGACCUGUGCCCACAAACACAUGUGUGAUCGCAGGCAUGGCUGGCAGCGCUAUUCUCUACACCACAAAACAGACGCUGACGGUCUCUGAGGUCAUCGAGGUGUUAGAGGUGCUGUUAAUCUUUGUUUAUCUCAGCCUGAUUGUACUCUACCUACUGCCUCGCUGUUUCACACCCGGAGAGGCACUUCUUAUCGUUGGAGGAAUCAGUUUCAUUGUUAACCAGCUCAUCAAACGCUCUCUGAACCUGGCUGAGGUGAAAGGCGAUCCAGUCAACUACUUUCUGCCUGUUGUAGUUGUGGGUUCACUGCUGCUCGGAGUCUUCUUUGCUCUGCUUUUCUGUUUCAUGGAGUCUGAGAACUGGGUGUCGUCACUUUUCUUUCACAUGAUGACAGCUGUUCUGGUGCUGGGAAUCCUGCUGCCAUGGCUGUCCCUUUUCAUCGGCCGCUACCCCAUCAUGUGGCUCUUGGACUUCAUCACAUUAAAUGACAGAAGACUCUGUCUCCUGGGGUACUGGGUGUUUUUAACUUCGGUGGCCACCUGUGUUGUCUUGCAUCAAAACUACCAGCGCCAGUCAGGCUCCAAAAAGCACCAGGCCUCGACUGUUGUCAGGAAGUACUUUCAUCUGAUUGUAGUGGCCACGUAUGUCCCAGGGCUGAUAUACGACAGACAGCUGCUCCAUGUGGCGUCGGUCGGUUGCUUGGCAGUUUUCUUGUUCCUGGAGUACGUGCGUUACUUUCGGAUCAGGCCUCUGGGUCAGCUGCUCAGGCAGUUGCUCACAUUGUUUCUGGAUGAGAGGGACUCUGGGCCUCUCAUCCUGACCCACAUCUACCUGCUGCUGGGCAUGUCUCUGCCCAUAUGGCUGUUCCCAGGGCCCUGUGCUCCUAAAGGUAUACUUCCUGGUGCGGGAGGCCUGGUGCCUUAUGCAGGCGUGCUGGCCGUAGGGGUCGGAGAUACUGUGGCAUCCGUCUUUGGCAGCACCAUGGGGGAGAUCCGAUGGCCUGGCACAAAGAAAACCAUGGAGGGGACUGCGACUUCUGUGUUUGCACAGAUCAUUGCUGUGGCAGUGUUCCUCAUCUUUGAUGGGAGCAUCAAUCUGAACUCCACCUACUCAUGGAUUGUGGGCUCUAUCACUCUGGUGGCCAUGCUGGAGGCCUACACCUCGCAAAUAGACAACCUCCUGCUCCCACUCUACCUCUUCAUCCUGCUAUUGCUUUGAAUGGACAGGUAGCACGAAUUAAAACAAAAAAAAGAAAGAAAAAAAACCCUGCAGAUUUCUCCUGAAUGUCUUCACUGUAGUUCAAAAAAGCUGAAUCCAUGGGUAAAAAUGAACAAAAUAUGACGAUAUUAGUCAUAGAAAGUCCUUUUGGCAAUCAGACAGGGAGUUAAUUUUUAUUAGCACAAGAAUGGAAAAGUGUAAACCUGACAGCAUUAUAAAGUCUGGUAAAUCUUAUGUAGUUUGGUGAAUUAUAACAGCCAACUGUAGUGGUACUAUAACAAAAUCAGUGGCAGCAAGCGUAAGCAUGACAUUCGAGUCUGUUGACUUCAGAUCAAGAGUUAUUUCAGCAUCGGUCAUUUGAAGGAAUGAGCUGAAUGUUGCAACAGAAGUUGGUGAGAAAUGUGAGGCAGAGUUACUAAAUAUUCUUGCAGAUCAGUGACAGUGUUGGUGUUUGUUUUCUUCUUGGCUUGUUGCAUAUCUGUCUCUGGUAUUUGACCAGUAACACCAACAACCCCUGAAUUAUGCAACAGAAGGUUUAGCAAAGUGGAAAAAUGUCUGGUAUCUAUUUAUAGAUGACACAGAUGCUAAAUGGCACAUUUAGAUCAUUAAUGAGAGGUUUUAUGUAUACUGUCCCUUCUUUUUGCAAAUGGAAACAUGCCUUUGUAUUGCCUAUGAAGAACAUUAUUUUAAGCAGGCUUAUAAGUAUAUCGAACAUUUUUCGCCUCCCCUAUGGCAACAUGAAGGACUUAACUGCUGAACAUAUUUGCCUUAAGAAGUAUAUUUUCUACCACACAUUACAGAUAUCACUGUAGUAGAUGAACGCAUGGCAGCCGUCCAAAAGCCCCUUGCCACUUUUCUUUGUAAGGGCUGGUUUAUACGUCAAUAUGGCAGAAAUUCACUAUGCUCCUGCAUGACACUGAUUUGAAAUCCUGUACUGUAACAUGUACACAGGUGUCCUAUAGUUUAUUUUUAUUUGGAAGUUUUUCCUUUGUGUAAUAUUUCUGUGGUUUCAUGGGACCCUUUACUGGUAAAAUGUAACUGUACAUGUGCUACUGAGCCUUCAAACCCCACGUAAUGUUUUUUUGGACUCUGUAGAUACGCUUUGGGCCAAAAUUAAUGAACACAAAAUAGGCCCUUCCUUUUUUAGCAACUAUUUUUGUGUUGAUUCACCUGUAGUAUUAUUCAGUAACUGCUUUUUAGAAAUCUUCUUUUUCUUCAGGUUGAGUCCCAUCCGACUGAGAUGAGGAUUCUACACUUACACUAUUACCUAAAACAUUAUUUUCCGCAUGAACAGACUUUUGUUUACCUCUUGUGCGUGUGUGUGUGUGUUUUGUUUCCCUUUUUUUAAUGUUGUGAUGACAAUUUACUAGCAUGGUCCUAUGAAUAUUUUUAAUGAUCAUCUUUACAUUGGUGAAAAUGUAAAACUGCAUGUUGAGUGCAUCUAAGACGAGAGAAAAAAAAAAUUAUUAUUUAAUACCCAUUUGUGGACUGAGAAGAUGGACCUGUGUGACUGACGGAGUGAUUCCAUACUGACAAUAAAUACUUUCUUUUGUCACUUAAUGUUGAAUUUAACUUAAGAGGUUUUGUAUAAUAUAUAUAUAUAUUGCGAAUUUCUUUUUUCAACCAUACAUUUUUAUUAUAAUUUGAGUCUUAAGGCAAACAAACUUGAAGGUUAAAAUGCUAAUUGUUGUCUGUAAAGGAAUCUGCCAUCCAGAUGUGGAAAAAAAUGAACUUGGUUGGUGACAAAUAUUGAUGCGGAAACCCUUAAUAAACAUGACGUAAAAAUGA